UUGCCCUUUCAGUUUCCUUCCUGGACUACAGCUGCAGGCCACAGACUCGCGACUCCUUCGUUACCGCGCCGACCGACAUGUGUUCCAAGAGCUUUACCAGAUCCCUGGGACUGGCACUGAUCCCUCUGGCCCUAUGCUGCGUUAUAGCGAACGUUCUCCUCUAUUUCCCAAACGUCGAGGUUAAGCACGUCCAGGAAGACCACUUGACCGGGUAUGUGUGGUUCUUCACGGGGAUCGUCGGAGGAGGCGUAGUGAUGGUCCUGCCGGUGCUGGUGUUCAUGAACCUGGAGAGGUGCGCCAACUGUUGUGGCAACGAGGGAUCCGCGAUGUGCAGUUCUGUGCUGGCAGCGCUGGUUGGACUGGCGGGGGCCGGAUACUGUUUUGUCAUCUCGGAUCUGGCUCUGAUAGAAGGACCGUACUGCUUGUACAACGGGACGUGGACGAGUCCAUUCGCCAAUCAGAGUGGAGAGUACCUCUUCCGCAGGGACACCUGGUCCAUGUGCGAGGAGCCCCUCAGAGUUGUGGAGUGGAACGUCACUCUCUUCUCCAUCUUGCUGGGGCUGAGUGGGCUGGAGUGCAUCAUAUGCGUGGUGCAGCUGGUCAACGGGCUGGUGGCGGCCGUGUGCCGGCCCUGCUGCUACAAACAGCGCUACAGCCUCAACGCCUGAGGGCGGCCAGCGGAGGGCCAGCGGGGAGUCAGCGGAGACUCAGCGGUGACUCUGCGAUGACUCACCGGUGACUCAGCGGUGACUCAGCAAUGACUCAGCAAUGACUUACCGGUGACUCAGCAAUGACUCACCGGUGACUGAGCGUGACUCAGCAGUGACUCACCGGUGACUCAUCGGUGACUCACCAGAGAGAUUUAGAGGAGAAUCACCAUCCUGUACAUUCUUCCCACACAGACCUGGCUCACAUACGUACCUGAAAUACUCCCAACUCUUUAGACACCGGUAAAUAUCCUUGACAAACAUCUGUUUUCACUGAUAUUCAGAAUAAAAUUCUUUAUGUCUUAAGAAACGACUGUUAUUCAUCUCUGGAAAUUUUCAAAAAUGCUGUCGUGAUACAAAAACAAAAUCAGAAAUUUUUCUUCUAAAUAUUGGUGAAAACAGAUAUUUCAGAUCUGAUGUUUAAAUCAUGUGUAAUCCACAUGACUCUUACUGCUGUCUAAAGGACCGUUUGUAUAGUAAAUAUUUGAAAGAAAGUAUUUGACCCAGGUCUGAAGAGGGCAUAUCUCUCCAGCUUUUAUGCACUCGAAGAACAGAUUGUCCUUUCCUGGAUCAUUAUCCACACUCUGUACAGAAGCAAGCAGGCUUUGCAUUGUUCGGCUUUGUUUUGUAAAAAUGGAAGUAAAUGAGAAAAAUUUCACUAUAUAUUUCAGCUACUAUAUAUUUCAGCACAGGACAGUUUAGACAUUCUCAGUAUGAUCGUGUCAUUGUUUUU